GGGGUUUCUGAGACCUUGCGUCAUCUUUUCUAAGUUUCAAUUUCAACCACAAAAGACAUAGCGAAACUAUAAUAACUAACAGCAAACUUCAUCAUUCAAAAAAAAAACAGCAGACUUCAGUUCUUCGUUCCCAACUACUGGAGUGUGUGACUGAAAACAUAGGCGAUGGCUUUCUCAAACUCAACUCCCGCAGCUUGCAUCACUUGUCUCAGCUCUUCCAAUCGAUUCGCUCUCCCAUCUUCACCUAUCAAGUCUCUCAAGUUCCCUCUCUUCUGGCCCUGGCAAAGGGUGAAGGUGGGUCCUUUGACUGUGUCUCCAAUGGGGUUUGGGACGUGGGCAUGGGGCAACCAGCUUCUCUGGGGUUACAAGCAAUCAAUGGAUUCUGAACUUGAACAAGUUUUCAAUCUUGCCGUGGAGAACGGCAUCAAUCUUUUUGAUACUGCGGAUUCUUAUGGGACUGGUAGACUCAAUGGACAGAGUGAAAAACUUCUAGGAAAGUUCAUUAGAGAAUUUCGAGGGGAAAAGCGGAUAGAAGAUGAGAUUGUGAUUGCUACAAAGUUUGCAGCAUAUCCCUGGCGUCUAACACCAGGUCAAUUUGUUCAAGCUUGCAGGGCCUCUCGGGAUCGAAUGCAGAUUGAGCAAAUUGGAAUAGGACAGUUACACUGGUCCACUGCAAACUAUGCUCCCCCACAAGAAUUAGCUCUUUGGGGUGGUUUAGUGGCAAUGUAUGAGCAGGGCUUAGUUAAAGCUGUUGGAGUUAGCAAUUAUGGACCCAAACAGCUUGUAAAGAUUUAUGAUUACCUUAAAGCCAGAGGAGUCCCUCUAUGUUCAGCUCAGGUACAAUUUUCUCUGCUAAGCAAGGGAGAAGUGCAGAUGGAGAUUAAGAAUAUUUGUGACUCUCUGGGUAUCCGCUUGAUUUCUUAUAGUCCUCUGGGACUUGGAAUGCUUACUGGAAAAUAUACACCUUCCAGGCUUCCAAGUGGGCCUAGGGGCCUGUUGUUUAAGCAAAUUCUUCCAGGAUUGGAGCCCUUGCUGGUUUCCUUAAGAGAAAUUGCAGAAAAACGGGGCAAAACCGUACCUCAGGUCGCAAUAAACUGGUGCAUCAGCAAAGGCACCAUUCCAAUACCUGGAGUUAAAUCAGUAAAACAAGCACAAGAAAAUUUGGGCGCUCUUGGAUGGCGCCUAAGUUCGAAUGAGUUGCUUCAGUUGGAUUGUGCAGCUCAGCAGUCCCCAAGGAGGAUGAUCCAAAAUAUUUUCCAGACAAAAUAAUCAGUUUGGAACUACAGCGUCGAAUCUAUAGCAUGGAGUGAUCCAAUCAGGUGCAAUUGACGAAUGUAAUUUUGACGAAAUGCAAAAGCAACCCCGAAGAAAAGAACAAUUUUGGGGCGCAAACCACAGAAACUGCUGAUUAGUGGUAUUUCCAUCAACUAAAAGGGCUGUGGCAGUAGGAUUUCCAUCCUAUACCUUUCCAACAAAUAGAAGAGAGGAAGAUUGGAGCAACAUCUGUUACCAAUUUUGAAGCUGAAAUGCAGGAAAUGGCGUGAUGCCUACAAGUGAAAAUUAAAUUGUACAUGAAGCACAACAUACAGUAUUCCAUGUAUCAUAUUGCAGAGUUGCAAAGUUGUUCAUGCACAAAAUCAUUGAAAAAACUUGUUUUCAGUAGUGGAAAUACGGUCCAAUAUUCCUUUUCA